CGAACUUACAGUCUUACAGCGCUAAUUACCUCUAUAUUCAGUUGGAUUCGUCAUCCCUUCCUUCUCAUUCCACCGCCUCUCUCACUUCCCAAAAUUUGACGUUCAUUUCAUUUCUUUCAUUGCGGAAAGUCGAAAUGGAGUCCGAAGGAAUUCUCCUGGGAAUGGGAAAUCCGCUUUUGGACAUUUCCGCCGUCGUCGAUCAAGGGUUCUUAGACAAAUAUGAUCUUAAGUCGAACAAUGCGAUUCUCGCAGAGGAGAAGCACUUGCCUAUGUAUGACGAAAUGGCAUCUAAGUACAAAGUGGAGUUCAUUGCUGGAGGUGCUACUCAAAAUUCAAUCAGAGUUGCCCAGUGGAUGCUUCAAAUUCCUGGUGCAACUGGUUACAUGGGCUCAAUUGGAAAGGACAAAUUUGGAGAAGAAAUGAAGAAAAAUGCAAAACAAGCUGGUGUCAAUGUUCAUUACCACGAAGAUGAAUCUCCAACUGGUACCUGUGCUGUGUGUGUGGUUGGUGACCAAAGAUCACUUGUUGCUAAUCUGUCAGCAGCAAAUUGCUACAAAAUUGAUCAUUUGAAAAAACCAGAAAAUUGGGCAUUGGUGGAAAAGGCCAAGUACUAUUAUAUUGCUGGAUUUUUUCUCACUGUUUCACCAGAGUCUAUCAUGCUUGUUUCUGAGCAUGCUGCUGCUAAAAACAAGGUGUUUAUGAUGAACCUCUCUGCCCCAUUUAUUUGUGAAUUCUUCAAGGAUGUACAAGACAAAGUAUUCCCGUAUAUGGACUAUGUUUUUGGAAAUGAAACAGAAGCAAGAACAUUCUCCAAAGUUCAUGGCUGGGAGACCGAGAAUGUUGAAGAAAUAGCUCUAAAAAUUUCCCAAUUGCCAAAGGCAUCUGGAACACACAAAAGAAUUACUGUUAUCACACAAGGUGCAGACCCAGUUGUGGUUGCAGAGGAUGGGAAGGUGAAAUUAUUCCCUGUGACUCUGUUGCCAAAAGAGAAACUUGUUGAUACCAAUGGUGCAGGGGAUGCAUUUGUUGGUGGAUUUCUGUCUCAGAUGGUUCUACAGAAACCCAUUGAAGAAUGCGUAAGAGCAGGCAGUUAUGCAGCUAAUGUCAUUAUCCAGAGGUCCGGCUGCACUUACCCAGAGAAGCCCGAUUUUAAAUGAGUUGCCUUUUCGUUACCGCAACCUCUCCAUCUCCCUACUCGACUGAAUUCCGAUCACCACUAUUUUAAACUAUCUUUAUCUUAUCUAUUUUACAUU